AUGUUGUGUAAAACGAUAUUUGUAUGGAUGAUUGUUGGUUUUACUUUCGUCGAGAACAAACCACCAAUAUCUCCAAAGACUGAUUCAUUUCAUCAUCAAAAGUCGCUUGUACUCGCCACCGAAACUUCGAGCAAAAUGAUACGUUGCCUCAAAUGUCGUUCUUUUGAAUUUCCCUUGAAUAGUUCAUUGGUUAUUCCAUCACAAUGCGAAUCUUAUGUUCAAGCUAAAACAUGCGUAAUAAAUUUUAGUAUAGAUUACGUUACAAAUAUGGGCAUUAUCAAUUUUAGUGGUGACAAUGACACCGAUGUUGUCUUUGAUGCUAGUCUGAAAGCAACCGCUCGUUUCACUUCUGAACAAAGUGACAAACACGUAAAUUGGCUAUAUGUUUGCACGACUGAUAAUGACUGUAAUAGCAACUAUUUUACCAAAUAUGCUUCAUUUUAUCUUGAAACGACUAAACAAGUACAAAAUUUGUAUUCUCAGUUGUCUACAUUGCUCUAUAACAAUGGUAGUUCGGCAAGUGUACAACAAUGUUACAAAGCUCCGAAUAGAACAGUCGAAUGUCAAAAUGGCAUGUGCGAAUAUACAUGGGACGAAAUCAUGAAUCAAACUGCCAUUUACAAUUGUAAGCCCAAGGAAAAGCUUCUAGAUGUUUUUUACCGUAUAAAUGAAAUAUCAUCAAUGAAUAUAAUAACCAAGACAAUACAAAUGCUUGAUUUUAAAUGUGAUCUCGAUGGAUGCAAUUCACCUGAAAAUGCGAUAUCGGUUAGAAAAGCAAUUGAAGAUAAUUGGUUUGGUAUAUUGGAUACUAAUUCUGCAUCGCAAAGCAUUGCUAUUAUUUCUAUGAAUUUGCUGAGCGUUUAUUUUAUUAUCAUAUUUGUAACACUGUUUUUAUGA